AUGACGCACCUGCCGGGCGGGGCUUUCCGCGGCCGCACCUCUCUCGUCUCGGUCGCCUUCCCACGCAGCCUCACCUCCAUCUCCCCCCACGCCUUCUGCGGCUGCUCCGCCCUCUCCUCCGUCACCCUCCCCGCCGGCCUCACCUCGAUCGGCUGGCACGCCUUCUUGCGCUGCUCCUUCCUCGCCUCCGUCACGCUGCCGCUGCCCGAUGGCCUCUCGAUUGACGACGGUGCCUUCUUCGACUGCCCCCUCAACGACGAGGCUAAGGCAGCAGUGCAGGCCAUCAACUUUUGGGCGGUGCGGCCUUCAAUCGACGCACGGGGGCAUGCCACUGUGCCGGAGGGCGGCACCACCAUCGCCAGCAGCGCCUUCUCCGACUGCUCCGCCCUCGCCUCCGUCACCUUCCCUGCCAGCCUCACCUCCAUCGGCGAUACCGCCUUCUUCAACUGCUCCGCCCUCUCCUCCGUCACCCUCCCCGCCGGCCUCGUCUCCAUCGGCGGCAGCGCCUUCGAGCGCUGCUCCUUCCUCGCCUCCGGGCACGCCACUUUGCCGGAGGGCCUCACCACCAUCGCCAGCUGCGCCUUCUCCUGCUGCGACUCCCUCGUCUCCGUCUCCCUCCCCGCCAGCCUCGUCUCGAUCGGAGACGACGCCUUCGAAUGGUGCUCCUCCCUCGUCUCCGUCACCUUCCCGGCCGGCCUCACCUCCAUCGGCAGCUGCGCCUUCGAAGGCUGCUCCGCCCUCGCCUCCGUC